UCAAGUUCAAGCCUUCUCCUCUCCUCACUUGAUAUAUAUUUUUUUCUGUUGAUCGCACUCGUCUGAGAAACGAAAACCCGAGAUAUUGUGUGUGCAAAAAAAAGAAAACCCAAUAAGAUAAUUCAUAACCAUGUCAUCGAGUGUGCUGACCACCACGACGAAUCACGAUCUAUUUCCCACCACCAUCAGCACGGCCACGAAGAUCUUUCGCUAUCAGCACAUAAUGCCGGCACCCAUUCCGUCGAAUCCCGGCAAUCAGAACCAGCCAAGUUCAGCAAAUCCAUCUGCCGCAAUGCCGAUCAAGACGCGCAAGUAUACGCCAAGGGGCAUGGCACUGGCCAGAUCCUCCUCCGAGUCGGUAUCAUCUCUAUCGCCAGGCGGCUCUCUGUCGCCGGCUCCUUACAAUGUGGACCAAUCGCAGUCUGUGCAAAGACGCAAUGCUCGGGAGCGCAACCGGGUGAAACAGGUGAACAACAGCUUCGCCAGAUUGCGCCAGCACAUCCCGCAGUCCAUCAUCUCCGAUCUGACCAAGGGCGGUGGUCGAGGGCCCCACAAAAAGAUCUCCAAGGUGGACACACUGCGCAUUGCCGUCGAGUAUAUACGAAGGCUUCAGGACUUGGUGGACGAUUUGAAUGGGGGCAGCGGCAGCGGUGGCAGCAGCACUACCAGCAAUGUGGUCAGCCAACUGCAGCUCUGUUUGGACGAGUCGAGCAGUCACAGUUCCAGCAGCAGCACUUGCAGUUCCUCGGGCCACAACACCGCCUACUAUCAGAAUGCCAAUCCUCUCCAGCAGCAGCAGCAAUUGCAGAGGCAACAGUUCAACCACCAACCGCUGACGGCCAUCUCGCUGAACAGUAAUUUGGUGGCCACAUCCUUGCCAGGCGGAAAUGGUAACAACGCCGGUGGUGGAGGUGGUAAUCAGCAACAAACCUGCCACUCGCCCACAUCCUCCUUCAACUCCAGCAUGUCCUUCGAUUCGGGCACCUAUGAGGCGGCGCCCCAGCAACUCUCCAAUCAUUUGGAUCACCUCGAUCAUCUCGACAAUGAAGGACAUACGCAUUCGCAUUCGCAGCUCAAUCUGAAAUUCGAGCCCUACGAACACUUUCAAUUGGACGAGGAGGACUGCACGCCCGACGACGAGGAGAUCCUGGAUUACAUCGAUCUGUGGCAGGGGCAGUGAAUCAAUCGCAAGGAUCCGAUCCUGACGCAUUCCCCCCACCACAUCCUCCUGUUCUCUUCUAGUCAAUGUUGAGUUGAACCAAGUGCCUCAAAUUGUAAAUAACACACUCAUGUUAAAAGAAAAAACCCAACAACACACACACACACACACAAAUUUUUUUCCUAUUAUAAGUUAAUUUUUUUUUUGUAAAAGUUAAGAACCAAGA